AUGGUGGAGGACGGCGGCGAGGAGGAGGCGGAGGGGGAGAGCGGGGAGGUGCCGGCGGCGCCGCAGCAGCAGCAGCGCUGCAAUGGCUUCCUGCCCGGCAAGGAGGCGGCGGGCGGCGGGCAGCGGGCGGCCCCGGAGGCCGAGGAGAUGCUGGCGGCGGGCGGCGAGCGGCGGGAGGCGCGGCUGGAGACGCGGCUGUCGCGGCGGCGGCUGGCGGUGCUGGCCGUGUUCAGCUGCUACUCGCUGGUGAACGCCUUCCAGUGGAUCCAGUACAGCAUCCUCAGCAACGUCUUCGCCGGCUUCUACGGCGUGUCCUUCACGCAGAUCGACUGGCUGUCCAUGGUGUACAUGGUGGCCUACGUGCCGCUGAUCCUGCCGGCCACUUGGCUGCUGGACGCCCGCGGGCUGCGGCUCACGGCGCUGCUGGGCGCGGGGCUCAACGCGCUGGGCGCCUGGCUCAAGUGCGGCAGCCUGGCCCCGCAGCGCUACCCGCUCACGCUGGCCGCGCAGGCCGUGUGCGCCGUGGCACAGGUCUUCAUCCUGGGGCUGCCCUCCCGCAUCGCCUCCGUCUGGUUCGGCCCCACCGAGGUCUCCACCGCCUGCGCCGUGGCCGUGCUGGGCAACCAGCUUGGUACUGCAAUUGGCUUCUUGCUGCCACCUGUUUUGGUCCCAAAUACACCGAAUGACAUUGAUCUUAUGGCACACAACAUCAGCAUCAUGUUCUAUGGAACAGCGAUAGUGUCCACACUUCUCUUCUUCUUAGCAGGAGUUGUGUUUGAAGAAAAGCCCAAAUACCCUCCCAGUCACUCUCAAGCAGUCCUGCAAACGAAACCUCCUGAGGAUUACUCCUACAAGCAGUCCAUUAUCAACUUGUUCAGAAAUAUUCCAUUUAUACUUUUGCUAAUCAGUUAUGGUAUUAUGACUGGGGCAUUUUACUCUGUCUCCACACUAUUAAACCAGAUGAUAGUAACUCACUACGAGGGAGAAGAAGUGAACGCUGGGAGAAUUGGCUUGACACUGGUGGUGGCAGGAAUGGUGGGUUCGAUUAUUUGUGGUUUGUGGCUGGAUUACACUAAAACAUACAAGCAAACUACUUUGAUUGUUUACAUUCUCUCUUUCAUUGGGUUGCUGGUAUUUACCUUCACCCUGGACCUCGGAUACCUUAUAGUGGUGUUUGUGACUGGAGGAGUGCUUGGGUUCUUCAUGACUGGCUAUCUUCCACUGGGGUUUGAAUUUGCUGUGGAAAUUACAUAUCCAGAGUCUGAAGGCACUUCCUCAGGUCUCCUCAAUGCAUCAGCACAGAUAUUUGGAAUUAUCUUUACACUUGUUCAAGGAAAGCUCACAACAGACUACAGUCCUCGUGCAGGAAACAUCUUUCUUUGUGCUUGGAUUUUUGUGGGCAUUAUUUUAACAGCCUUAAUAAAAUCAGAUUUGCGAAGACACAAUGUGAAUUCAGGGAUUAUGAACUUGGACGUUAAAGCUGUACCAGUUGACAGUCCUGUAGAACCUGAAAGCACUACGUUGAAGAUUCAGUCAGCUUUAUGAAGCUGAAGGAAGGGGACUCAGAAAUGCACAAGUUUGGUUAGAUAUGAAGUGAUGUGAGCUAGUGUAAUCACUGGAUUUGUGUGUAUGAGUAGUGACAUGUGUUUGUUGAUAUUGGUGGUAGUUGUGUACUGGAAGCUAUGAAGAUGCUCAGUUCAUUUUGCUCAAGAUGCAAAGAAUACACCCUUGUAUGGACUAUUUAUUUUAACAUUUUCAAGUCUUGCAGUUUGAUUAGUAAAGAACUGUGUGAACACUCUCCACAGUAGGGAGAUGUGCAUUCAGGAUGCAUACUUGAAAAAAAUCAGGAGUCUUGAAGUACAGUUGUCAUGAUCAAAAGUAUCUAAUCAUCUUUUAUUGUUCAAUCUUGCUGGUGCAUUUGAAAAGUCAAAGAGUAGGGAAAUGCACAACAGGAGGAUGUUCAUAAGUUCAUUUUUUUAUUUUAAAUGUAUCUGUAUUUGAAUAUAAGCCAAUGAUUCCUUCUGGGAAAGUGAUAGCACAAUACUGAAAACGAGAGAUGACGUGUGUGUUUCAUACUGGCAUCUGACAUUUCUUUUGCCUUGAAACUUCUUUAUAGGUAUCAAAAGGCAGAUAGGAGAAAACACUGUUUUUGCUAUAGCUUCAUUGUAGCAUUUCUGGGGAGAUUCAAGAAGUUUCUCACUAGAUAAGUUGGAGACAAAACAUUUCUUAUUAAAUACAGUACAAAGGAGGACAAAGGCCUUUGAUAUCUCUGCUAUGAAAUAUUUAUAAGCAAUGGAACACUACCACACAAGUUUCCUCCACGGAAUAUUUUGAGUGCUUUCUCAUUUAAAGAGAGAGGAGUACGUGUUUACAAAGAGCCAGUGCCUUUACUUUGUAAAGAAGAUCCCUGCCUCAUCUUGAGUUUAAUCAGUGCUGCUGAAGAAAUUCCAUUUUGUCUGUUAAACCUCUGAAUAUUUGUGGAGUAUCAGAAAAUGUGUUCUGUCCUUUUUAUGAAUUGUAUCACUUGUCUCAUGUGAAAUUCUUGUGCUUGUGUAACUUAAAUCAUGUCUUUUACAGUUAGUUAAAAGCUGUAAGGAUGACUGAAAAGAAAAUAGUGGUAUUUUCACUAUUUCUGAUCAAAUAUUUUCUUUUAUACCAUUUUAGCUGCAAAAUGAGCAGACAUUAUUAACAGUAACUUUUUGUUACUUCAUUUUUCUGUAUUUGGGAUGGGGGUUUUUUAGUUCAGUGUUUUUGAAAAUUUUCUCCUUUACCUUGUGCUCUAUCUACACACCCACAGAACUGAUAGCACUACAAUAAUAUUAUUGCUGGGAAAGUCAGACCUGGGCCAGUGGACUUGUUGGAAACAUUUCAUUUUUAGCUCAGCACAGUGAGCCUGUAAGUUCAGUGGCAUCAGUGCUGCUGUGUCUCUGAGUUCCCACAGAUGCAGUGCCAUCCAGAAGGUGCAAUCCUGCUCCAAGUUUUCCACAGGUUGUUACAGCUGGGGAUGGGAAAUUAUUUGACUCUGUGCUGGGCUAGUUGAUUUUCUUCACAGUGGCUGGCAGGGGGCUGUGUUUUGGAUUUGUGCUGAACACAGGGCUGAUAAUACAGACAUGUUUUAUCCUUGCUGAGCAGGGCUUACACAGAGCCAAGACCUUUUCUGCUUUUAAAAUGUCAGAAAAGGUGAGGAAGUUGGGAGUGCCUGGGAUGUUGGGAGGAGACACAGCCAGGACAGGUGACCCCAGCUGACCAAAGGGAUAUUCCAGACCAUGGGACAUCGUGUUCAGUGAUGUCUGGGGGGCAGAAGGGGGAAGGAAGGGAUGUUUGGAGUGAUGGUGUUUUCUUCCCAAGCAGCCGUUGCACUUGCUCUGGUUGGCUGAGCACCUGCCUGCCCAUGGGAAGCAGUGAAUUAAUUCCUUGUUUUUCUUUGCUUGUGUGUGUGGCUUCUGCUUCCCCCAUGAAGCUGUCU